AUGUUCGCCAAGCGCCUUUUACAGAAGGCCAUCCACCAGUCUCAGCAUAAUAUGUCACACGGAAGUUUGACUUCAGCAGACUUGGACCUACGAGUCGCAGUUCACUAUGGUAUCCCAUCGACGGCAUCCAUUCUUGCUUUCGACCCCAUUCAGCGCCUUUUAGCCAUUGGCACAUUGGAUGGGAGGAUUAAAGUAAUUGGUGGUGAUGGUAUUGAAGGACUUCUUAUAUCCCCAAAGCAACUGCCUUACAAAUACAUUGAGUUUCUACAAAACCAAGGUUAUCUGGUGAGCAUCUUAAAUGAUAAUGAUAUUCAGGUUUGGAAUCUCGAGAGCAGGUAUGUUGGCGAUGAUUAUGCUCUAGUGGCUGUGAUGAAGUAUGAUGCUGAGGAGGGAAAACUUUUGCAGUUGCCAUAUCAUAUUUCUGCAAAUUCUUUAAGUGAAACUGCUGGGUUUCCAUUUCCUACUGACCAACCUGUAGUUGGAGUUCUUCCCCAACCUUGUUCUUCUGGAAAUAGAGUACUGAUCGCAUAUCAAAAUGGGUUGGUUAUUCUUUGGGAUGUAUCUGAAGAUCAAAUCGUUUUUGUUGGAGGUGGUAAGGAUCUCCAGCUAAAGGAUGGAGUUGUUAAAUCUACAAAUGAAGUCAAUAUAGACUCUCCAGAAGAAACAUUGGAACAUCAACUGGGAGACAAAGAGAUAAGUGCUCUUUGCUGGGCAUCUUCCAAUGGCUCCAUUCUGGCUGUGGGAUACAUAGAUGGAGACAUUUUAUUCUGGAACACGUCAUCUUCUGCUUCCAUCAAGGGUCAACAAGCAUUGUCACCAUCUAAUAAUGUUGUGAAGUUACGAUUAUCAUCUGCAGAAAGGAGACUUCCUGUCAUUGUCUUACAGUGGUCCAAAGAUUAUAAAUCCCAUAAUGAUUGUGAUGGCCAACUGUUUAUCUAUGGUGGCGAUGAAAUAGGAUCAGAAGAAGUUUUGACGGUUUUAACUCUUGAAUGGUCACCUGGAAUGGGGAAUUUAAGAUGUGUUGGCCGUACGGACCUUACCCUUACUGGCUCUUUUGCAGACAUGAUUUUAUUACCAAGUUCUGGGACAACUGGGGGUAAUCACAAAGCCGAUGUUUUUGUAUUAACAAACCCUGGGCAACUGCAUUUUUAUGACGAGGCUAGCCUCUCUGCCUUAGUGUCCCAGAAAGAAAGGAACCUCUCUAUUUCUGGUUUGGAGUUUCCAGUGGUGAUACCUACAACCAAUCCAACCAUGACAGUUGCCAAACUUAUUAGGGUACCCACUGGGGAGAACUUAUUAAAGGCUCUAUCAGAGAUAUCCUCAGUUGUGAACCGUGGUUCAAUACCAAACCCAUCAGCUGGUACAAAAUGGCCCUUGACUGGGGGUGUGCCCAGUCAACUGUCUAUUUCUAAGACUAACGGUAUUGAGAGAGUGUACCUAGCAGGAUAUUCAGAUGGAUCUGUUCGGAUAUGGAAUGCCACAUAUCCACUCUUAUCUUUUAUCUGUCUUGUACAAGGCGAGGUGCAAGGUAUAAAAGUGGCUGGUUCAAGUGCUCCAGUAUCAAGACUGGAUUUCUGCGUUUUCACUUUAAAUCUGGCUGUUGGCAAUGAAUGUGGUCUGGUUCAAAUUUAUAACCUCAAAGACUGUUCAGAUGGGACAAAAUUCCUCUUUGUCACAGAAACCAAAUCUGAAGUUCACAAUUUGCCUCAAGGAAAAGGACCUCAAUGCAGAGCUGUUUUAAGUCUUAUUAAUUCCCCAGUUCAAGCACUACAGUUUGUGAAGCAUGGAGGUAAACUUGCUGUGGGAUUUGAAUGUGGUCACGUCGCGGUGCUGGACACCAGCUCCUUUAGUGUAUUGUUCUUUUUAAAUGAUGCAUCUUUCUCUAGUUCCCCCACCAUUUCAAUGACUUGGAAAGAACUUACAAAUUCUCAAGGCCUCUUGAAGAGCCCAAAGCACUCAGAAACAAAAACAACAGUUGACGUCACAGAGGAAGUAAUGUUCAUCUUAACCAAGGAUGCACAUAUACAUGUAAUUGAUGGGAAUACGGGUAACAUGAUCAUCCCUCAGUCAUGGCACUUGAAAAAGGAGUCCAUUGCAAUUUCAAUGUAUGUUCUAGAUGGCAGAAUAUCUGCCUCUAAAGUAUCUGAUGAUAAUCUUCCAGAAGAGGCCUCCAAGGAUUCUUCAACCAAGAAUGAGCCUGUGCCAGGCAGUUCUCCAAUUGUUAUAAAUUCACCUGAGACUGAACAAAACUCCUCCUCAGAAAAUCCAUACUCUGAAGAAAGAUUGUUGAAUUCAUUCAUUUUGCUUUGUUGUGUGGAUUCUCUGCGCUUGUACUCGACAAAAUCUGUGAUUCAGGGAAACAAUAAACCCAUUAGAAAAGUGAAGCAUGCAAGACCUUGCAUUUGGACAGCUACUUUUAAGAAAGCUGACAGGGUUUCGGGAUUGGUUUUGCUGUUUCAGACUGGAGAAAUUGAGAUUAGAUCUUUUCCUGAUUUAGAAUUGGUGAAAGAAAGCUCCUUAAUGUCAAUUCUAAGGUGGAACUGUAAGGCAAACAUGAAUAAGACAAUGAGUGCCGAUGAUUCACAUUUUACACUGGCAAAUGGAUAUGAAUCCGCAUUCGUCUCUAUGUUAGCUGUUGAGAAUGGUUUCAGGAUUCCAGAGUCUUUGCCCUGUCUCCAUGAUAAAGUUGUUGCAGCUGCUGCAGAUGCUGCAUUGAGUGUCUCAUUGAAUCAGAAAAAGAAACGGGGUACUGCGCCUGGGUUAUUAGGCAUUGUCAAAGGGCUUAAAGGGGGGAAAAUGGUCCAUACUGGGGAUUCUGCUGCAACUCCUAAAUCAACUUUUGAUCAUUUAGAGGGCAUGUUUUGGAAGUCCCAACAGUCAGGCCCAUCCCCACAUGUAGAUCAUCAAGAAGUUGUGGAGCUUAACAUAGAUGACAUUGAAAUAGAUGAACCUCCAUCCGUAGCAUCUACUUCAUCAUCACAUGAUGUCAAGAGAGAAGGGGAAUCAGAACGGGAAAAGUUAUUUCAAGGUGGGACUGGUGAUACAAAGCCCAGACUUAGAACUGCCGAAGAAAUUAGAGCUAAAUACAGAAAGGCUGAGGAUGCUUCUUCUGUGGCUUCUCAAGCAAGAAAUAAGCUCAUGGAGAGAGGAGAAAAACUUGAGAGAAUCAGCAGGCGCACUGAAGAUCUGCAGAACGGGGCAGAAGACUUUGCAUCACUGGCUAAUGAGCUUGUCAAGACAUUGGAAGGUCGAAAAUGGUGGCAUAUUUAG